AUGAAGCGGACGCGGUGCCGCGACCGACCGCAGCCGCCCGCGGCCGCCCGCCGGGAGGAUGGGACGCAGCGGGCGGCGGAGCUGCCCCAGCCCCAGCCCCUUCGCCGGCGAGCGCCGCCCGGGAGGCAGCGACUGGAGGAACGGACCGGGCCCGCGGGACCCGAGGUCAAGGAGCAGGAUGUGAUAACUGGACUUAGUCCCCUGCUCUUCAGGAAGCUCAGCAAUCCUGACAUCUUUUCAUCCACUGGAAAAGCUAAACUCCAACGACAGCUUAGUCAGGAUGAUUGUAAGUUACGGAGAGGAAGCCUGGCCAAUUCUUUGUCAGGUAAGCAGCUGCUCCCCUUAUCCAGCAGCGUACAUAGCAAUGUGGGACAGGUGACUUGCCAGUCUUCAGGAGAAGCAUCAAAUUUGGUCCGAAUGAGAAACCAGUCCCUUGGACAGUCUGCACCUUCUCUUACUGCUGGCUUGAAGGAGUUGAGCCUUCCAAGAAGAGGCAGCUUUUGUCGGACAAGUAACCGCAAGAGCUUGAUUGUGACCUCUAGCACAUCACCUACACUGCCACGGCCUCACUCACCACUCCAUGGUCAUGCAGGUAACAGUCCUUUGGACAGCCCACGAAAUUUCUCUCCAAAUGCACCUGCUCACUUUUCCUUUGUUCCUGCCCGUAGGACUGAUGGACGGCGCUGGUCUUUGGCCUCUUUGCCUUCUUCGGGCUAUGGAACCAACACUCCUAGCUCUACUGUUUCAUCUUCGUGCUCCUCACAGGAAAAGCUACACCAGUUGCCUUUCCAGCCUACAGCCGAUGAGCUGCAUUUUUUGACCGAGCAUUUCAGCACAGAGAGUGUACCAGAUGAGGAGGGCCGGCAGUCUCCAGCCAUGCGGCCCCGCUCCCGCAGCCUCAGUCCUGGACGGUCCCCAGUUUCCUUUGACAGUGAAAUAAUAAUGAUGAAUCAUGUAUACAAAGAAAGAUUCCCUAAGGCCACUGCACAAAUGGAAGAGCGUCUAGCAGAAUUCAUUUCCUCCAACACUCCAGAUAGUGUGUUGCCUUUGGCAGAUGGAGCCUUGAGCUUUAUUCAACAUCAGGUGAUUGAGAUGGCCCGAGAUUGCCUGGAUAAAUCUCGGAGUGGCCUCAUUACAUCACAUUAUUUCUACGAACUUCAAGAGAAUUUAGAGAAACUUCUGCAAGAUGCUCAUGAGCGUUCAGAGAGCUCAGAAGUGGCUUUUGUGAUGCAGCUGGUGAAAAAGUUGAUGAUUGUCAUUGCCCGCCCAGCUCGUCUCCUGGAAUGCCUGGAGUUUGACCCUGAAGAGUUCUACCACCUGUUAGAAGCAGCUGAGGGCCACGCCAAAGAGGGACAAGGGAUUAAAUGUGACAUUCCCCGCUACAUCGUUAGCCAACUGGGCCUCACACGGGAUCCCCUAGAGGAAAUGACCCAGUUGAGCAGCUAUGACAGUCCUGACACCCCAGAGACAGAUGAUUCCAUUGAGGGCCGGGGGACAUCUCUGACAUCCAAAAAGACACCCUCUGAAGAGGACUUCGAAACCAUUAAGCUUAUCAGCAAUGGCGCCUAUGGGGCUGUGUUUCUGGUGCGGCACAAGUCCACCCGGCAGCGCUUUGCCAUGAAGAAGAUCAACAAGCAGAACCUGAUCUUACGGAACCAAAUCCAGCAGGCCUUCGUGGAGCGCGACAUACUUACUUUUGCCGAGAACCCUUUUGUGGUCAGCAUGUUCUGCUCCUUUGAGACCAAGCGCCACCUGUGCAUGGUGAUGGAGUAUGUGGAAGGAGGAGACUGUGCCACUCUGCUGAAGAAUAUUGGGGCUCUGCCUGUGGACAUGGUGCGUCUGUACUUUGCAGAAACUAUGCUAGCCCUGGAGUACUUACACAACUACGGCAUCGUGCACCGUGACCUCAAGCCUGACAACCUUCUGAUUACAUCCAUGGGGCACAUCAAGCUCACUGACUUUGGCCUUUCUAAAAUUGGCCUCAUGAGUCUGACGACAAACUUGUAUGAGGGCCACAUUGAAAAGGAUGCACGGGAGUUCCUGGACAAGCAGGUAUGCGGGACCCCGGAGUACAUUGCGCCUGAGGUGAUCCUGCGACAGGGCUAUGGGAAGCCAGUGGACUGGUGGGCCAUGGGCAUAAUCCUGUAUGAGUUCCUGGUGGGUUGCGUCCCUUUCUUUGGAGACACUCCGGAGGAGCUCUUUGGACAAGUGAUCAGUGAUGAGAUUGUGUGGCCUGAAGGGGAUGAUGCACUGCCACCAGAUGCCCAGGACCUCACCUCUAAACUGCUCCAUCAGAACCCUCUGGAGAGACUGGGUACAGGAGGCGCCUAUGAGGUGAAGCAGCACCCAUUCUUUACGGGUCUGGAUUGGACAGGACUGCUUCGCCAGAAGGCUGAAUUUAUUCCCCAGCUGGAAUCAGAGGAUGAUACCAGCUACUUUGACACCCGCUCGGAGAGAUACCACCACAUAGACUCGGAGGAUGAGGAGGAAGUGAGUGAGGAUGGCUACCUUGAGAUCCGUCAGUUCUCUUCCUGCUCUCCAAGGUUCAGCAAGGUGUACAGUAGCAUGGAGCGACUCUCUCUGCUGGAGGAACGCCGGACACCACCUCCCACCAAGCGCAGCCUGAGUGAGGAGAAGGAGGACCGAUCAGAUGGCCUGGCAGGACUGAAGGGCCGAGACCGGAGCUGGGUGAUUGGCUCUCCUGAGAUAUUGCGAAAGCGGCUGUCGGUGUCUGAGUCGUCCCAUACAGAGAGUGACUCAAGCCCUCCACUGACAGUGCGACGCCACUGCUCAGGUCUCCUGGAUGUGCCUCGCUUCUCCGAGGGCCCUGAUGAGGCUAGCAGCACCCCCAGGAGACAGCAGCAGGAGGGUACAGGAUUUCUCACACCCCUGUCUGGGGAGGGAGUAUCUGGACCUGUCCCUGAACGACCCGUGGAGCAGCGGCUAAAGCUGGAUGAAGAGCCUGUUGGCCAGAACAAUGGUUCUAGUCCAGCUAUGGAGUCACAAGGAGGACGUGGAACCCUGCAGCUGGCUGAGGGAGCCACAGCCAAGGCCAUCAGUGACCUGGCUGUGCGCAGGGCCCGCCACCGGCUACUCUCUGGGGACUCUCUAGAAAAACGGUCGGCUCGCCCCAUCAACAAAGUAAUCAAGUCCGCCUCAGCCACAACCCUGUCUCUCCUCAUCCCUUCAGAACACCACACCUGCUCUCCAUUGGCCAGCCCCAUGUCCCCACAUUCCCAGUCAUCGAACCCAUCAUCCAGGGACUCUUCUCCAAGCAGGGACUUCUUGCCAGCCCUCAGCAGCUCAAGACCACCCAUCAUCAUCCAUCGAGCUGGCAAAAAGUAUGGCUUCACUCUGCGGGCCAUCCGUGUCUACAUGGGUGACUCGGAUGUCUACACUGUGCACCACAUGGUGUGGCACGUGGAAGAUGGAGGUCCAGCCAGUGAGGCGGGGCUUCGCCAGGGUGACCUCAUCACUCAUGUCAAUGGUGAGCCUGUGCAUGGGCUGGUGCACACAGAAGUGGUGGAGCUGAUCUUGAAGAGUGGAAACAAAGUAUCUAUUUCAACAACUCCUCUGGAGAACACCUCUAUUAAAGUGGGGCCAGCUCGGAAGGGCAGCUACAAGGCCAAGAUGGCCCGAAGGAGCAAGCGGAGCCGAGGCAAGGAUGGACAAGAAAGCAGAAAAAGGAGCUCCUUGUUCCGGAAGAUCACCAAGCAGGCGUCCCUCCUCCAUACCAGUCGCAGCCUGUCUUCCCUUAACCGCUCCUUGUCGUCAGGGGAGAGUGGGCCGGGCUCUCCCACACACAGCCACAGCCUUUCCCCUCGAUCUCCCACUCAGAGCUACCGGGUAACCCCUGAUGCUGUGCAUUCAGUGGGAGGGAAUUCUUCACAGAGCAGCUCCCCCAGCUCCAGUGUGCCCAGCUCCCCAGCCAGCUCUGGCCACACACGGCCCAGCUCCCUACACGGUCUGGCACCCAAGCUUCAACGCCAGUAUCGCUCUCCUCGGCGCAAGUCAGCAGGCAGCAUCCCGCUGUCCCCACUGGCCCACACCCCUUCUCCACCACCAGCAGCUUCACCCCAGCGUUCCCCAUCGCCCCUAUCAGGCCACGGAGCUCAGGCCUUCCCCACCAAGCUUCAUCUGUCACCUCCCCUAGGCAGGCAACUCUCACGGCCAAAGAGUGCAGAGCCACCCCGCUCACCACUGCUUAAGAGGGUACAGUCAUCUGAGAAACUAGCAGCUGCCCUUGCUGCUUCUGAGAAGAAGCUGGUCACUUCUCGAAAGCAUAGCCUUGACCUGCCCCACCCUGAGCUAAAGAAGGAACUGCCACCCAGGGAAGUCAACCCUCUGGAUAUUGUUGGGACCAGGACUGUGCUCUCUGGAAAAGGGGCUCUACCAGGGAAGGCGGUGCUGCAGCCUGUUCCCUCACGGGCCUUAGGCACCCUCCGACAAGACCGGGCUGAACGGCGAGAGUCACUGCAGAAGCAAGAAGCCAUCCGUGAGGUAGAUUCCUCAGAGGAUGACACUGAUGACGAACCUGAGCACAGCCGAGGUCUACAGGAGCCAACCUUGAUAUCUAACCCAGAAGUGGGACAGGAUCUACCUCUCAGAGGAGCAAGAGAGGGUGAGGAAGGAGAAACUUUUCUGCCCAGAAACCCCAGGAGCCAGGGCCCAUUGGUCCCAGACACACUGACAGGGGUCACACUGGGGCCUCCUAGAAUGAAAUGCCCUAGUGAUCCCCAGAGGAGGCUUGAGACCCCCCAAGCCUUUGAGGCUACCAGCUCCUCAACACCAGCCCCCAGCGUGGGUGGGGCUGGACCUACAGAUCCCAUUCCCCAGGAAGGCUGCUGGAAUGCCCAUCACCUCCACACCCAGGCACUAACAGCACUUUGUCCCCUCUCCACCAUUUGUUCCACUUCUUCCUCCACUGCUGGAGAGCCAGGUCCAUGGUCCUGGAAAUUACUUAGUGAGCACCCAGACAGAGCAGCCUCCAGCAGAGGGGCAACAGUGAAAGGUGGACUGCCUGGCCCCCAGUAUUUGGAGAACACAACUCCAGCCCACCCGGAGAACCUUUGUCCCAGUCAGGCAGGGAAGUCACGGCCUCCCAAUGUUCCUGAGCUGGCCCGUCCACCUUGUGGGGUUCUUAGCCAAAGCUGGCUCUGGGAGCCCGAGUGUACACAAACAGAGAAAGAGGAGCCAGCCCUGGGUACCACCAAAGUGCCUGAUGCCUCAGGUGACAGGAGGCAGGACGUUCCAUGCAGAGGCUGCCCACUGACCCAGGAGCCUGGGCCCAGCCUGCUCUGGAGGGGCCGAGACCCAGGGCAUCCUCAGAAGCAUCAGGACUUGGUAUUGGCACCUGAUGAGCUUUUAAAGCAAACAUAGUAAUUGUCAUUUCUUGCACUCAGACUUGUGUAAUACACGCUCUUGGAAACCACCUUUAUGUUUCUUAUGUUUGCUUCUUUCCUUCAGUCAACACAAGUGUAACUCAAGGUCCUAUAUUGCUGAUAAUACAGUGAAUGAAUAAGACAGCUUCCACUGUCAGGGUAGGAGUGCAUAACUUGGCUUGGUUUUCCAGAAACAAUGAUAUGUGAGCUCAAACCUAAAGGACGGAGGAUAGGUAAUAGUUCGCUAGGUUUGAAGAAUGAGAAUUGGUAUAAGAAAGAAUGUCUAGGUAAAGAAUACAGCAUAUACGGUAUUCCUGGUUUGUUAAAGAAACUGAAAAUAAGAGGGGAAAUGGAGUCAGUGAGUUAGGUAAAGGCCAGUUCUGAUUGUCUUCCAGAAGUCUAGACUUUCUGUAGUUGAUGGAGACCAGGAAAGGCCAUGAUUUAUAAAUAAGAGAACUCGAGUUUUCAGAUGCUAACAUGCCCAAAAUCAUAUACCCUGGGCAGACUUAGGAUUAAAAUUUAGGU